GACUACCAGUGCCAAUUGGGACGGGUCUAUCCGACAAUUGCAUGCAAUAACUGUAAUAAAUAUAAGAGCAUUCAGUCAGUCAGUCCUCUCUAUUUCAAUAUUAUAUGUGUUUAUCUGUUUAUGUGUUGUUUAUGUAUUUAUUUUGAUCUCCAUUUGUAUGAUUGAUAUAAUUGAUUGUAUAUAAUGACUGAAUGAAUGGCAACAAUAUUUAGACCAUAAAUCAAACGACAAUUUUUUUUUUACUGGCAAUCAGUUUCAAUGACGAUGUUAUAAUUAAAUCAAUCUAUUAUUAACUGUAAAAUCUAUGAGUUUUACUGAAACAAAUGAUUAUCAUUUAAUAAGUGCUUCCAAUAAAACCUCAAGAAUUCCUCGAUUUGUUGGCAAUAAUUUCAAUAAUAAUUGUUUAAAUUAUACAAACGUUAAUCGUUUUAUUAAUGAUUAUAAUUGUCAAACAAUUUUUAAACGAUUGGUGAAUCUCAAUAAUAAAGGUUCAAAAAUACCUAUUUAUAAAUGGAGACAUAGUUUGGAUUAUAAAAGUCAAAAAUUGCAACAAAUUGACAGCUCUGUUGUUAAUAAACUUUUUGAUUGUAAUUUAUUUGUCAAUAGUAUUGAUAAAAUAAUCUCAAAUGAUAUAAAUGUAUCGAUCAUUGCAACAAAUAAAUCAUCAAUUUAUGGUUUAACACAACCACUAAAUUAUCUGAAAGUAUUAAUUAAAGUAAUUAAAAGCGAUAUAAGUAUUGACAAUAAGUUUAAGGCUAUUAAACAACUAAGAGAUCAAAGACUUAGUAUUAUUGGAGAUCAAUUGAUGGCUGCUUUUAAUGAUGAGAAAGUGAGGGAAUGGGUCGAUAGCGGGUAUAUCAGUAACAAUACUAGUAUUGCUCAAACACACGAUGAUGUUUUCGGACCCAAUGAACCACAAACUGAUACCAUAACCGCCAGUACAUCGCAUUCAACAUUACAUUCAAGGCUUAGGGAUGCCGCUAACCGACGAAGACAUCAAAAUAUGAGAACCAGAGAUUUGAUAGCAAUGAAUAGCAAAUACAGUAGUUUUAAUUCAGACUUUUCAAUGUCCAGUAUAUCAAGUAUUGAAUCACUUCUCGAAUCGAGACGUGAAGAUCCUGAAGAAUUGCUUUUGGCGUUAGGUUUUGGUUAUAUUCCCGAAGACCAGACGGCCAAUAGAAUACCGAAACGAUUUCUUGAAUCUCCCUCCUAUGCCAAAGGAGUCAACAGUGAUAGUAUUAUGUCUACUUAUGGACUACAAGAUAUUCCUCCGAGUCAUUCCUCUCCCAUAUCAUUUCCAACUACAGCAGAUUAUAGAGAAAGAAGUUAUAGUAGCGGACGAAUUGGUGAGCGAUUAAGAAAAAGGAUGAAUAGUAGAGAAUCGUUGAUGAAAACGGAUUUACCGGAGAUUAUCACCUCUUCUUGCCAUUCAUUGCUUCAAUCGUCGUCUCAAACGGAAAGCAUAUUAAAUCCGGCAAAUCGUAAAUUUUUGGAAAGUCAGGGCAAAGAGGAUGAGCCAAACAAACUGACCACAAAACGACUUAUUAUUGGAACCAAAUCGUAUAAAUUGGACAUCGAUGGUGAUCCUCUGGCUUUCCCAAAAACUCCUUCACCAUCACCACAGGCUACAACUCCAGUACCCAGUGAUGAUAAUUCUAUGGAAGUGGUUCCGCAAUCAGAUGAACAAAAUAUAAUCUAUAAUAAUGACAACUAUAAUCAGCAGCAGUUUGUCAAACGAAAACAAAUACAGAGGCAAAACUGUAUUUUAGAUCAAUCGAUUGGUGAUCAAUUGUCAUCGGACUUGUCGUCGAGUACUAACACAUUGAUUGGAACUGUUUUCAGUGGCAAUAAUGAAGUGAUGGCCAGCGAUCCAAAUGAUUAUCAUUUAGAAAUGAUUGAUAAACGAAACGCUUUCUCACAGACUAAUAGUGAUUUUGUGGUACAAAAUGAUGGCAAUAAAGCAGUAGAGGCGGCACUGGUUGUCGCCAUUCAAAGUAUUAGAUUGUCUCUUGAGUUUUAUAGACAUCAAUCGCUAAGAUUGGCAAAGAUAUCUAAUUACAAAUAUAACGAAACAACCGAUUUUAAUGAAGAUGACCUCUUAAUUGUCCAGAAGAUCCAUGAAUUGCGAGAACGCAUUCAUAAAGAGAUUGUUGAAAUGGAUGUCCUUUUGAAUCGUCACAUACAACUCAUCCAUACUUACGAUGUGGUGGAUAUGUCUUUCAUACCUCAGGCACACGUAUUCAUUGAAACUGUUAAUAAGGUUAAGCAACUGCUCAAUGAACAACAAAACUUGUAUUUGAAGAUUGGUUUUACAAAAUUUAAUGACAAUUGUUAAGCGAUUUCUCACAACAAUAUUUUCAUACAGAGUUUUAGAUAAAAUAUACAAAAUAUAAUCUUAUUUUUUUAUAAAUUAUAUAAAUUAAGUCUUAUUUAAAAAAACUAUGCUUUUAUUAUUAUAGUAUUAUUUCAUU